AUGUUUGGGGACUUGAUGUGUUCCCCGGUGGGGUGUCGUUCUCCGGUCGACAGCGCUGGGAACAGUGAGGAAGAGAUCGACCAACACCGGAGGCCUCGUAGAGGCACCAGAAAACAGCGGGCAAGCCCAAGGACACAGAGGGAGCAGGACGAAGAUGAAGAAGAGGAGGGGAACCGGAAUAGCCAAAGCCCGGGGAAGAAGAAAGGGAAGAGGAGAGGAAGUGACAGAAGUGACGGGAGUGACGUCAGCAGUGUGAGCAGCCUACCCAGGUCUCUGGAGGACAUGCAGGCUCAGCGUGUCAUGGCCAACGUACGGGAGCGCCAGAGGACCCAGUCACUCAACCAGGCCUUCGCCUCGCUACGACAGAUCAUUCCCACACUGCCCUCAGACAAACUCAGCAAGAUCCAGACACUCAAACUGGCCACGCGGUACAUAGGUAGGCUACUUUCUGUUAUUAUGAUCAUUUAAUCAACCAAUUAACCAAUUAUACAUUUGAGGUGCCAAUCCGUAAAGCACUUUGGGCUGCAAUGUCAUUACAAAAGGUGCCAAACAAAUAAUGAUGAUGAUGGUGAGGCUAAUGAUGAAGAUUCUUCUUCUUACGAUUCUAGACUUCCUCCACCACGUGCUGCAGGGCGAGGGAAUGGACCUGGAUUUGGAUGAAGCACAUGUGUCAGGAGCAGCCAGCUGUGGUUCCGUGGCCCAUGAGCGUCUGAGCUAUGCCUUCUCAGUGUGGAGGAUGGAGGAGGACGUAUGGUCCAGGUCUGCUGUCUCACACUAG